AACAACAUGGCUGCGCGCAUAGUGGGGUGGGCGAGCAAAGCUGAGUGGAGUCAAGUCUACCAACAACUCUACAGCAACGACCCUGUACAGGUCCAACACGCGCUAGACCGAGCGGCGGCUUGGAAGAGCCGGCUCGACACGAAAAUGCCCAUCGCGAUAGACUGUACCUCGUCCCUGCUGGCCGUUUGGUUGCGGGAUAGCGGUGCACACGUGAGGGGGGAGGGGGGCAGUUCAGCAGCAAACUGUCACGACUUGUUUCAGCUCCGCUUAGCAUACUCCAUGGCACUAGCGAGGUUUGUGAACCUUGUGACGGAUGCAAGUCAGGACAAAUUCUACAUCCAGCCAGUCCAUGUCAUGGCCAAGGAGAUGUCCCUGCCAGAAUGGAUGGUGAACCUGCGCCACGAGGCGACCCACCGCAGUCUGCCGGCGCUGCCCGUGCUCCGGUCGGGGGCGCGCUUCGCCCUGUCCUGGCUGAGGAAGAAGUACUGGGAACCACAGCUGCAGCAAUGUGGGGAGCUGACAGGGGGAGCCGCUCAGAAGGAAGAGUUAGAUGUGGAAGAAGUCAGGCAGGCUGUGUUAGGACUGCUGAUAUCGUACGAGCAGCAUCAGUUUGAGAUUUUGUCAGAAAGAAGCACCAGGAAGCAGAGAACCCAUCACACGACCCUUCUACAGGAGGUUCUCACUAACCUGGCUGCACUCAUGGCUGGGAACAGUGAGACUGUUGUGUCGUGCCUGUGUGGCCAGGGCUUCCUUCUCCCCACUCCUGAACAGACAACUGCUCUGGGCAUAUCUAACGUCUUUCCUGAAAACGAGGGAACGGGGUUGCCAGGUAUAGACAAAAAGUUCCAGGAUUUCUGGAAGCCAGUUUUUGAGCUGUUACAUCAGUCGAGCGGCAUCCCUCCAUUGGUGGAGAGACUUGUCCAGCAGCUGGGCACUUACACAGAUGAAGACUUGCAGUUUGCAGUGGGGUGGAUAUCACUGAUCACAACAGCACAAAAUUCACAAGAUAAGAAAAGUCUGGAGAGACUUCUGCAGAAGGUGAAAGUGGAGUUGCCAUGGCGACGAUUAGUCACCUGUUGUCUGGCCACGCCCUGCAAACACACAACAGGUCUGGUUCACAGCAUGUUGCAGUCAGCCGACCCACCAUUUUCCCAACAUGAACUACAGACGUACCAGCACCUCUGCAAUAUUUACACUGGAAAUACAGCGCCAUACAACCAGCCUGUACCAGAGUCGGUUUUUACAGCAGAUAUGGCAAAAGCCAGACUUCAGGAAAACCAGUGUAAAAAAAAGGAGCUAGAAACCCCCACCACUCAGGAAGACUCUUUGUCCGUGGAAUCUGUUGAGGGGAGGACAUGUCUCCAGUACAAGGCAUGGGAGAAAUGUACAGAUGCGGUAGACUGGAGCCAGUUUCCUCUUGGGAGUAUUCCCAACCGUACCAAUGACAUCAGCUACCUGGAAGUACCACUGGGCAAUUCCCGGGAUAGCAGAAAACAGGAAACUCCCGUCAGAAGUGUGGCCUGGGACACACACAGGGAGGAUGGACCUGUUAGACCUGCUCAGUAUGAUCUACAGGAGAAUCACCAGAGACAGGACUGGACUCCCAUGGAGCUGGGAAUGUUAAAAAGAACUGUUGUCCUCUUCUAAUAAAAACUGUGUGGCAUCAAAUGACCCACAGGCUAGGCUAGGGGACACCAGAUUAGGGGUUUGAUCCGUGGCAUUCCUGGCUAAAUGUUAUGUCCUUGGGAAAGGACUUUCUCCUCACUUCAUCCAGGUGUAAAAUGGGUACCUGACUUUGGUUGGGGAGGUAAAAGGUGGUGGAAGAUAAAGAACUUACGACGAACUGCCACAAAAGCCUUUAAAAAGGCUAUGGACUACCUUUACCUACCUAAUUACUAUAUUAUCUCUAAAAGAAUGACAUUAAAAAAUACAAUAAACAAAACAUCUCUGCAUCUAUAGUACAUUUAAUACAACCACCUAGAAAAACAAGAGUGCAAGUCUAGCAUUAAGUAUACAAACUUAAUAUUUAAUACAGUCACAUAUCUAGUACUUAUUACCAUACCAUUAUAGUACAUUACACAAGGGAGUACCUUAUAUCCUUACAGUCUUGCACUUGCAAGAACCAGCCCCAAUAUAGCAAUUACAAUGUACAUGAAUGUGAGUAAUCAUACCCAAUAGUUGCAACUUAGUAUAAUUAUUAAGCAACCUCCUAUCAAAUACUUAGAAACAAAAAGAACCUACCACCCCAUCACUUGUCAUCUACAAGUACUGUCACAACAUGAUUGGCAAAUAACGUGACAUCCAUUUAUGCUAAGAUUAUAUAUAUUGGUACAGUACUAUUGCUCUUAAUAUUUCAUAUACAUCAACUUUGUACAUAAAGAAAAAUGGUUUUAACGCUUGAAACAGUCAAACUCUUGUUUAUAAUGAUAAAUGGUGUGAAUGAAUUUGAACUAAACUCGAGAUAAAUACCCUGCUAUACAUCAGAAUACAGUUGCAAAAGUGUCACAGUGGUGAUACAUACAAAGUCAUUGACACUAAACACAAUGAUAUCACAAAGCUAAGGACUGGAUAACAGAACAUAAGUAAGUGCCUCAACAAUUUAGAGAUGCCACCAAAGAAUGUACAAGUGAAUAUAAUUCAUCCUAUAGUAUAUACUACUUAGUGUUUUAGUAGUUUCCUAGGAUUGUUGUACAAAUUGCCAUAUGUUGUAUCGUAUACAACUCUUGAGCAAUAAGUCAUCAUUAGUCUUAAUUAUAAUACAGGAUAUUCCUACACGGCUACAGUACAUGUACCAAGUCUUGGUAUACAUCAAGAUUAGACCACGCUAAAGCUACUAAAUGCCAUCUAACUGACAGCCCUAAUCCUCUAAUAGAAUAAAGUAUCAAAAGACAAAAAGAAAUUUUAAAAAGCACAGGAGCUACACCUCCAAAGCAUACAGGGAAUUACCUCUGUAAUUAUACCUCAAUUUUCACACCGAUACAGUCCCCACAUAGUGGGGGUUACAGCUGAGGGUCUGUCCCAGGCACAUGCAAAGUGUCCUUGCCAUAAAAUGUACUCUAACAUGCUUCAACAUA